AAAAGAAAAGAAGAAUUGAGAUUGUGUAUGAUUAAUAUCAUGAAGAUUAUAUACGAUAUAUAUCAUAUAUAAAUACAAGGUGUUUGGUAAUUGGCUACCAACCCGAAGUGUGAAGUAGAUUUGCUUGGAAUCGGAGGUCGACACAGAGGGCCGUUCCUCUUAAGAAUCGGCCCACCUAUUCAAGGUAACCGGGUUCUGGCGGCACAUGCAUUCCCGAACAAUGUGUGAAUAUAUGAAAGCUACUAUUGUUUAUCAAUGUAUUAAGGAAGCAUGUUUGAAUCAUAAAAGUACUCUUUCUGAAAGUACAGUAACUAAACUAAAAGCAUUGCUUUUAACUCAUGAGCUUGACAAAUACAUGCAUCUUGCUUCAUCCCCAUCAUCGCAACAUAUGCAAGAUGAUCUGACACUUUUGGGAAUUAAUAAUUUACCAUUCUCUGAUUUAAGUUUUGAUGAAAAGUUAGAAAUAAAAUGUUGUCUGGAAACAAUACUUCGAGAGAAAAUACAUGACAUGAUUUUAAGAUAUGAAACUUUAGGAGGAAAUGUCAAAGAAACAUUGAAGAGCAAUGAAUAUAACAUGCGCUAUAAGAACCUGGAAUGCUAUAAUACACAAAUAAUGGAAUGGAAGAGUCGUAUUGAAGAAGCAAGCUUAGAGUAUGAAAGUGCUUUGCAAAAAUAUAUAAAUUUGAUGGAUAAAUGGAAUAAAUUAAAAUAUGAAGAUAUGAGUAAAACUUACUUAGAAAAGUCAGAACAUUUGUUACUGCAAGCACAGGUUGCAAACCUGCAAGCGAAAAUUACAAAGCUCUCUUGUAGGAUCAAGAUGUUUAAGGAGACUCCGACUACCAUUGAUGCUUUUAGACUACUAAAUCAAGUGAUUGAAGAAAAAUUAAAGGCAGUUACAAAUGAAAUCCACCAAAAAGAAGAGUUGAAAAAGCUCUAUGAAAACUUGAAAAAUACAGAAUACGAUGAGGUUGUGAAAAAUUACACAGAGCUUUGUAAAGCAGUAAAGAAAAGGGAGCAAAUGUUGAACAUAUUAAAAUAAUUUUAUAAACAAAUGUAAAAUGCGCAGGAAAUUUUAUCAAAAGAAUAUUUAAUCGAGAAACGAGAUU